AUGCAAACCUUAACACUCAUUUCAUCUCUCUUCUCUAUUUUCAGCAUGAAAGCAAUAUCUUAUAACUUUGGGCAGGGUUUCAACACAAGUCUAAAAUUUGUGGGGUUUUUGUGCUGCGUGAAUCUGAUUUUGCAGGUUAAUUCCAACCCUACUGCAGCUCCUAUGAAGCAUUACUUCUUGCCCAAAGAUAGUGCUCUGAUUCCACCUGCCGGCCCCAAUCCAUGUAUCCCAAUAGUCGAGGGUAAAAGAUCAUGGCCCGAGUUGGUCGGCCAAAUUGGGAAAUCUGCAGCGGUAAAGAUAGAGCGAGAGAACCCUAAUGUUGGAGCAAUCAUUGUAGAGGAAGGCACUCCAAGUCCAACAAAGGACCGCAAGUGCGACAAAGUUCGGGUCUGGAUCGAUCAAAACGGCGUCGUGACAAGGGUCCCUAGUGUGCGCAACUAA